AUGCCCGAAUCUCUUCAACUCGAAGCACUCAAUUCCCUCGUUCCAACUUGUAAACAAUACCAAAUUAGGCAUUUACAUAAUUUAAUUGCUCCAUAUUUCCAAAUUGAUUUCAUUCGUCUUCUUCCAAAAGAGGUUUUUUUCAAUUUUAUUUUUUCUUAUUUUUUUAUUUUUAAGCUUUCAUUCAAAAUUCUUAGCUACUUGUCUCCUAAAGAUUUGGUGCUUUCCGCAAGUAUUUCACGUACAUGGCGUCAUCUUGCCGAGGAUCACAUUCUUUGGAUGAAAAAAUGUUUUCAAUAUAAUAUUAAAGAAAUUUUCCCUCCAAAUCUUGCUAGAAGAGAAAAUUGGGCGUUGUUUUCUGCUGGACUAGUCGAUUCUCCACAAGAAUCCCCCCAUUAUUUUGACGGAGAUUCAUCUUUUUCUUCAAAAAUUUCUUCAUCUUUUUGUAAAUCUUUAUUCCAAUCACCUUCAUCUUCUUUACAUUUUUCACAAUUAAAUUUGCCGUCUUGUUUGGAAAGAUCUAAAUGGAAGGCUAUUUAUUUAAGAAAUCAACAUAUUUCUAAUAAUUGGCGUUUUCGACGUCCAAAUGCAAUUUGUCAUUUACGAGGACAUGAUGAACAUGUAAUAACUUGUUUAAAAUUACGUGGUGAUCGUCUUGUAACUGGUUCUGAUGAUUGUACUUUAAGAGUUUGGUCUGUAGGGACGGGAGAAUGUACUCAAGUAUUAACUGGACAUACUGGAGGUGUUUGGGCACUCCAAUUAUCUGAAGACGGAAAAAUUGCUAUUAGCGGUUCUACUGAUAGGACUGUUUGGAAUGUUGAAACUGGUGUUUUGAUGCGUUGUUUAAAUGGACAUUCUAGUACUGUUAGGUGCAUGUCUUUAUCUGGAAAUAUUUUGGUAACAGGUUCUCGUGAUUGUACAAUUAGAAUGUGGAAUAUAGAAGAAGGUCGUUGCAUUCGUCCAUUUAUUGGUCAUUUAGCAGCCGUUAGAUGUGUUAAAUAUGCUGGGUCCUCAGUUGUUUCUGGUGGUUAUGAUCAUAAAAUACAUGUUUGGAAUGCUGAAAAUGGGACUUUAGAACAUGUUUUGGAGGGACAUACACACAGAGUUUAUUCGUUACACUUUGUUAAAGAACGUAAUUUGGUUAUUUCUGGUUCUCUUGAUACAACAAUUAGAGUUUGGAAUGUUUGGAAUAUUUUAGAUGGAACGUGUAUCCACACACUUGCCGGGCCAAAUAAACAUGCUUCAGCUGUGACAGGCUUUAGAUUUCUCGAUAAUGGAAUGAUUGCUACAAGUGGAGAUGAUGGAACUGUAAAAUUGUGGGAUAUUGAAGAAGGAAGUUUUAUUUGCGACUUAAUUAAAUUACCUUCCAGUGGUGCUGGAGGUUGUGUUUGGAGAAUGAAAGCAACCCCUACAAUGCUUGUUUGUGCAGUUGGUUCAAGAAAUGGAACAGAAGAUACGAAAUUGGUGCUAAUGGAUUUUGAUGGACCUUAUCCUUAG